AUGUCCUACUACCCACCUUACUCGGGUGCGCCGGGUUACCCCCCGCAGCAGCCUUAUCCCCCGCAACAACAGUACCCCCAAAUGAACCACCAGCAGCAGCCCUCUUAUGGCGGCUACCCAGGCCAGUCUUACCACCAGGCGCCGCCACAGCAGCAGUCAUCCAAUCCAUACGGAUACAGCCAUUCACCCCAACCACCUCAGCAGCCAUACGGAGCGCCGCCCCCGCAACAUGGAUACAAUCAGGGUCCGCCGUCAGGUUACAACCAGCACGCGCCCUCAGGGCCACCGAUGCAGCAAGGUCGGCCAGCUUACGGACAGCAAAGUGGUGGCCCCCCACCUCCUCCCAGCAACCCCGUUUCCUUUGGCCACGGCGCCCCGCAAAAUUAUAGAUUCCAAUACUCGACCUGCCGCGGCAAGAGAAAGGCACUGUUGAUUGGUAUCAAUUAUUUCGGCCAGAAAGGUCAGCUGCGUGGAUGUAUCAACGACGUCAAGAACAUGUCGACCUACCUGAACCAGACGUUUGGCUAUGCCCGUGAGGACAUGGUCCUUUUGACCGACGACCAGCAAAACCCCAUGAGUCAGCCGACCAAGGCGAACAUCCUGCGAGCUAUGCACUGGCUGGUGAAGGAUGCCCAGCCUAAUGACUCCCUCUUCUUCCACUACUCCGGCCACGGCGGACAGACCCCCGAUUUGGACGGCGACGAAGAAGACGGAUACGACGAAGUGAUCUACCCCGUCGAUUUCCGCCAGGCCGGCCACAUAGUUGACGACGAGAUGCACCGAAUCAUGGUCCAAUCCCUGCGCCCGGGAGUUCGCCUCACAGCCAUCUUCGACUCCUGCCACUCCGGCUCAGCCCUGGACCUGCCUUAUAUCUACUCCACCUCCGGUAUUCUCAAGGAGCCCAACCUGGCCAAGGAAGCCGGACAGGGCUUGCUCGGCGUUGUAUCCGCAUAUGCACGUGGCGAUAUGGGCAGCAUGAUGUCCACCGCUAUGGGCUUCAUCAAGAAGGCCACCAAGGGCGACGAGGUCUACGAACGUAACAAGCAGACGAAGACCUCCCCUGCCGAUGUCAUCAUGUGGUCUGGUAGUAAGGACGACCAGACUAGUCAGGAUGCGCAGAUUGCUGGCCAGGCUACGGGUGCUAUGUCCUGGGCCUUCAUUGCUGCUUUGAAAAAGAAUCCCCAGCAGAGCUAUGUUCAGCUGCUCAAUAGUAUUCGCGAGGAGCUUGCAACUAAAUAUACCCAAAAGCCUCAGCUGAGUUGCAGCCACCCUCUUGAUACCGAUAUUCUUUACGUGAUGUGA